AUGGCCGAAACAUGUCGACCAUCAAGGACUCCACGACGGAGGACCAGUGUCCAUGAGGAUGCUGCCAUACUGGCGGGAAUGGGGGUGAAACAGGAAUUACAGCGCAAUUUCUCCUUUCUGUCCAUGCUAGGACUGGCCUUUGCAAUUCUCAACUCGUGGACCGCUCUGGGUGCGAGUUUGUCGUUGGCUUUGCCCAGUGGAGGUCCUGACUCGGUCAUCUGGGGUCUUGUUGUCGCUGGUAUCUGUAAUCUGUGCCUGGCCGCGUCUCUUGCUGAAUUCCUCUCGGCCUAUCCAACCGCCGGAGGCCAGUAUCAUUGGGUCGCCGUCAUCAGUUGGAAAUGCUGGGUGCCACUUCUCUCUUGGAUCACCGGCUGGGUCAACACCGCUGGUUGGGUCGCUUUGACAGCAACUGCCGGACUGUUGGGAAGUCAACUCGUCCUCGGCAUCAUUUCGCUCACAUCGCCAUCCUACCAGACCCACCGUUGGCACCAGUUCUUGAUCUACAUUGGAUACAACGUUUUUGCCUUCAUGGUAAAUGCAUUCAUAACUCGGCUGCUUCCCCUCGUCAACAAGGCUGCGUUGAUCUGGUCCAUUACAGGAUGGCUUGUGAUUUCCAUUACCGUCCUUGCCUGCUCUUCUCCGAAUUACCAGGGCGGAGAUUUCGUGUACCGCACAUUCAUCAAUGAAACCGGCUGGCCGAACGGACUUGCUUGGCUGUUGGGUCUCUUGCAGGGCGGUCUGGGAUUGACUGGGUUUGAUGCAGUCGCUCAUUGUAUUGAAGAGGUGGGAAAUCCUACGGUGCUGGGUCCUAGGAUCAUGAUCGGCUGUGUCUUGAUUGGCGUCAUGACGGGCUUCAUUUACCUCAGUGUUCUUUUGUUCGUCUCCAAGAACGUGCAAAACGUUAUCAGUUCUUCUGCGGGUCCGAUGUUGCAGAUCUUCUAUGAUGCUACUUCGAACAAGGCCGGGUCUGUGUGUUUGUUGAUGUUUCCCCUCGUCUGCUUGCUGUUUGCUGCGGUAAGCAUCAUGACCACCAGCAGCCGAAUGGUGUACGCCUUUGCCAGAGAUGGGGGCUUGCCAGCCUCGCGCUUCUUCGCCAAAGUUCAUGGACGACUCCAGGUCCCCUUGAAUGCGCUUUGGCUGACUCUGAUUCUGGUCAUUAUCUUCGGCUGCAUAUUCCUCGGGUCCAGCAGUGCCUUUAACGCUAUUGUGUCGGCUUCGGUUGUGGCCUUGGGAAUCACUUACGCCAUUCCUCCCACGAUCAAUUGCCUUCGGGGCCGCAAAAUGCUGCCAGCAUCUCGUCCGUUUAUACUGCCAAAUUGGCUUGGGUGGACAUGCAAUUUGAUUGGAAUUGCCUACGUGAUCCUCACCACCGUUCUUUUCAUGUUCCCGCCGGUAUUGCCCGUGACCGGCAGCAAUAUGAACUACUGCGUUGCAGCAUUCGCAAUUGUCCUGAUUGUCUCCACGAUCCAGUGGUUUGUUGACGGCAGAAAGAACUAUGCAGGGCCGCAAAUUGAUCUUGGCGCCUUGAAAGCUGGGGAAAUCGUUGGUAUGGCUCUGGAUGAGAGUAACCAAGCUAGAGCGAGCGAUGAUACAUUGUUCGGAGGUCAGGAAAAGAAGGUGGUGCCGGAAGACUGA